AUGGCCGGGAUAGCUGGCAGCUUGCUUGGUAACAUGACUAAAGCAGGUGAAUCACCAGCCACAAGCCUCGUGGCUCUCAUGAUCCUGACAUCUGCUUCACUCCUCUGGUGCCUCUUCUCCCUGUCCGGCUACUCCCGUCGCCACUUUCCCUACAAAGUCACUAUCGUCACCGACCUAAUUUUCCUCAUUGCCUUUGGUGUUUUCUCGGUCCUCCUCGGCCUUCCCAUGCACGAUGGCGGUACAAAGUGCCCUCGAGUCAAAGCAGAGGGUGGCUUUGUCCUCCGAGCCGGCCCAUUGGGGGUCCUGAAUUUCUCUAGCGAACCAAACGAUCGUGUGUCAUGCACGAAAAUCUAUCUUUUCUGGGUCCUUAUGCUGGUUGACUGCGCGUCAUUCGUCCUAAGCGCUGCCUCGGUCGGGGUUAUCGCGUCUGAGGAGACGCAGUUCAACAAAGCACUAUUGUGCGCAAGGGCAAUGAGUGGUCCGGUGGGUGACAUCGACUAUCAUCGCCGUCCGUCCGAGAUCUCUGUGGCGGGAUUGGAGGAGGUUGUUUCUGGAGCCGAGCAGCAGUUCCGGCCACGGCCGAAUAUGCACGUCAGAAAACGGAGUCUAGAUUCCGGGAACGUAGCUCAUGGCGAAGGCAGGAGCGGCGGUGGUACCUACCACCAAGCGGACACAGUAUCUGGAAACCCAUAUCGGGUCGACACGACAAGUAGACUCGGUACGGGCUCAAGCCGGUACGACUGCUCCCCAAGAGUCGACAGCUCGCUUGGUUCCGGUUCCGACCACGAAGCGACUUCAGGACGCUCACUUGGCAACCCAGUGCUCCAAAGAGGGAGCGACCUGAUCAACACCUACAACCGCAAAGGACUUGCAAACAAUCGGGAACUUGUCACCGAACCACCACCCAAGCCAGUUUCCAUUACCGUUCUCCAAGCGCGCAGUGACGCUCUGGACCAGUUGGAAGGCCGAUCAUCGGCAUCCAUUGAUUUGGCUGAUGCUCCUUAUUACCGAGACCUGUAUGCCCACUUCGCUCAACCGAGGAAGCCUUCCGGCCCCGGCCCCGGCCCCGGCGCCGUACCCGAUAAUGACAGCCGGGCAACACCUUUCACCAACACCAACCGGUACAAUCCACAAGAGCAAACACACAGGAAGUGGAAAAAACAACGCCCCUCCGGGAUCAUAUUCCUACCGUCCAGCUCCGACAUUCCGUCCAGCCCGAUCCACCAUCCCCAUUCCGGUCCCGAUCCUGAUCCGGUGUCGACGGUCAAACCCAACAUCUACACCUCCAACCACAACUCAAAAACCACCCAAAUCCACCCAACCCAAGCACGAACCCGAUCACAGACGCAAACACGCAGACAACACGACUCCUACACCUCCUCCGUCGACUCCAGCCCCUCCAACUACGACGACACCCGGUUCAACCACCGUGACCUUCCCUCGCCCGUUGGUCUAGACCCUCCACCUCGCUCUUCUCUAGGCGCCAUCGAGUUGAAGUACAGCCUACCGCCGAGACCAAGGACGACUUUGCGACUGGUGGACCAAGAAACCUUGAAUAAGUUGGAGGGCAUAAAUGAGGAGAAGGAGGAGGUUGGGAGUGCCAUUGUGCACAUGGACGGGUGGCAUGGGCAUGGGGAUGCGGUUAUUGAGUUGAAUGAGAUUCCUAUUUUACCUGUACCUGCUGUAUCGCCGGGUAGGAGGGCACCGGGGACACAGCUAGAUGGGCGGACAGAGAGAAAACAACAAGUGUGGGAAUGGGAGUGGGGGCAACGAUCGAAACAACAAGAAGUAGAACAGACACAGAGCGCGGGAAGAAGGGCUGCUGGAGAGGCUAGAGGGGCAAGGAGUACACGAUGGCCUGCUGCUGUCUGGGGUGUUGGUUUAGGUUCAGUACAUGGACGACGCGAUGAUGAUAAUGAUGAUGAGCAGUGCGAUACAAGUAGAAUGAUGGAACUUGCCAGCGGGAUGGCUAUGAACUUGAACUGCGGUCGGAGCAUGGGAGAGGAGGUCACCCGUGGGAUAUGGUUUAGAAAUAGGGCACUGAUGAUCUGGAGGUAG